UCUAAAUAUUGAGGAAAUCGCCUUUAAAGUUGUCGAAAUUAAAUGCAUAUUACUAAUCAAAAAUUAAGUUUUGAUAUAUUUAUGGUAGGAAAUUUACUAAAUAUCUGCAUGGUACAUGAUCUUUACUUAAUAUCCUAAUGAAAAGAAAAAUUGAUAAUUUUGACAAGCCUUCGGAACAGAUUCCUCGAAGGAGGAGCGCACUGACAGAAGCGAUGAUGAUGAUGAUGAUGAUGAUGAAGGCGCAGUUGACCUGUGAUGCUACUGUAUAUAAACCCCAUCCAGCGAGAGAAAGUCACCAAAGUGCGCUGGAUCCCGCUGCUGAUGUAGAGGACAGACCCAGAGAGCAUCACACAAACAGGGUGCAUUAACGUGCACGCGCACGUCCUCCAGAUGUAGGCUCGGGCUGAUUGUGUCGAGUGGCUCGGAGCGAUGGGCUCGUUCGCUGCGGCGGUGAACGGCGUGUCUCACACCGAGGACCCGUUCUCCGGACCGCUCUCAUCCAUCGCACCCUGGAACUACCGAGUCCUGGCGGCGCUGAUGUUCGUGGUGACCUCGGUGUCUCUGUGCGAGAACUUCACCGUGAUGCUCGUCACCUUCAGGUUCAAGCAGCUCCGACAGCCGCUCAAUUAUAUCAUCGUCAACCUGUCUCUGGCGGACUUCCUCGUGUCUCUGAGCGGAGGAACCAUCAGUUUCAUCACCAACUACCACGGAUAUUUCUUCUUGGGGAGAUGGGCUUGUGUUCUGGAGGGAUUCGCAGUCACCUUUUUUGGUGAGUCAAAAGUUUGCUUUAGCCCUUGUGAUUUUGGUCACCAUAUUUGGUUUGGGUUUGAGUGGUAUUCAGGAAACCUCCAGGAUCACACCUUCAUCAUCACGUUCUUCACCACCUGCUUCAUCUUUCCUCUCGGUGUGAUCAUCGUCUGCUACUGCAAACUUCUCCGAAAGCUCAGAAAGGUGUCUAACACGCACGGCAGGCUGGGUAAUGCCAGGAAGCCGGAGCGUCAGGUGACUCGUAUGGUGGUUGUGAUGAUCGUUGCCUUCAUGGUGGCCUGGACUCCAUACGCUGCGUUCUCCAUCGUGGUCACGGCACUUCCCAGCAUUCACCUGGACCCUCGGCUGGCAGCCGCUCCGGCGUUCUUCUCCAAAACCGCUGCGGUUUACAACCCCAUCAUCUACGUGUUCAUGAACAAACAGUUCAGGAAGUGUGUGGUUCAGCUCUUGAGCUGUAGGGACGUCACCGUGAUCGAGGGAAACAUCAACCAGACCACCGAGCGUGCAGGCAUGACCAACGAGAGCAACACAGGAGAGAUGUCUGCCAUCGCCGGAGCCGUCCCGUCUAAGACAGAAGAGCAUCAUAAUGAACACAGCUCCUGCGUCCAAAUUCCCAUUCCUGAGAACAAAGUAUGUCCGAUGUGAAGACACGUGCCAACACACUCGUCACUCAUGUUGUCUGGUAGAAAGCAUAUCUUCUCUUGAAUUCUGGCAUCCAAACUUUAGUCUAAAAACCAUUGAUGCAGCAUUAAAUUCUGAUAUUGAAAAAUGCAGUGUUGGGGACGAAACUAUCUGCAAACUACCCUUAAAAACUAAUUCACUACAAAAACAAGAUGGUGGCUAAAGAACGAUAUCUUUUAAAAUAUAAUUUGCAUUUAUUUGAAAGCU